AUGGUACCAAUGCUAGGUGAUUGGGAUGCCCCAGAUAAGGAAAACACAGUGCCACAACUUGACCCUAGCUCUUCGACUAAGAGCGUUCUGUAUGUUGAUGCCUAUGACUCAUUCUCCUACAAUGUUGUCGCCAUGCUGGAGGAGACACUGGGGGUCAAGGUCACAGUCAUGACCAUCGACUCAGAAUGGCCAGAUUCCAAUAUGAACGAGUUCCUCCAGCACUAUGAAGCUGUCGUUCUUGGGCCAGGACCAGGAGAUCCCAACGUGCCUACUGAUAUCGGCAUCAUGAGAGACAUUUGGAACCUCCAUGACUCAGAUCUCCUUCCUGUUUUUGGUAUCUGUCUGGGCUUUCAAAGUCUUUGCCUUCAUAACGGCGUGCCUAUCGAGCGGCUCCCGUACCCCAUUCAUGGUCAGAUUCACAAGAUCUCCACGUCAGCGAAGGAUAUCUUUGAACAUAUACCGGAGGUAGAGGUGACGCUUUACCACUCACUCUAUGCCAACUCCGCUUCUUCAAAAUCCACCGAUUUAGAAUACUUGGCAUGGUUGUCUCUAAAUGAUCGCUCGAAGACACAGAUACCCAUGGCAGUUCGCCAUCUCAAGAAGCCAUUCUGGGGUGUUCAGUUCCACCCGGAGUCCUGCAAAUCUGAAAUCAAUGCCUGCCAGGCACUUCUCCGAAAUUGGUGGAGGAUGGCUCUUGGAUACAACAAGAUUGUUGGGCGCGGGGGAUAUUGUUCCCUGCCUAGCACAGUCAUCAGCCCCCUAACAGCCCCCAGUCCAUUCCCUGAUGCUGCCUAUGAAAUGCUCAACUGGAGCCAGUCGACUUCGAAAAUUUCGACUUACCGGUCCCUUAACCGGUCUGACUUGACCGCAGAGGAUAUAAGUGAACUUUUCAACAAACCAGGUUCGCCGGCAGUCCUCUUCCAAUCCAAUGGCCAAUACAACAUCGCUUCGGUGCCGAGUCCUGGCUCAUGGCGGUUUGAAUACAAUGUUGAGACACAUAAACUUCGAUUGCUUCAGCUGGAUGGCGACUGCAAAGAGGUUGAAAGUUAUGUUACCGUUGCUCAAUUGUGGGACGCCUUAAGGUAUUUGAUGGAAAUGAAGAAAGUUGAUUCAGGGAACUCUCAGGUGCCAUUCUGGGGUGGCUUCCUGGGUUAUCUCUCCUACGAACUGGGUCUCACUUGUCUUCCCCACCCAGGCCAUGCGCAGGCUUCUGAGUCACCAAGGCCCUCCAGCACCGGGGAAUCUUCAUCUGAUCCCUCCUUUGCGGAUCCACCAGAUGUCAGCCUUCUCUGGUGUGAAAGAAGUGUCGUGGUUGACAAUACUACUGGCGCCGUUGUCAUUCAAUCCACUCGCGGUGAUGAUGCGGGUUGGCUUGAUGAGACCCUGCAGCAGCUGCAAGACUUCUCGGACAACGGUAAUGAUACAUCUGUGGACCGGGGCUUGGAUUCAAUUCUCCGGGAAAGCAAAAUUCAGUUCCCCGAGGAAAAGGAGUACAAACGGCAAAUCGGGUCAUGCCAAGCGGAGCUGGAAGCCGGUGAAUCUUAUGAGCUAUGUCUAACCUCUGAGACGACCAUCACCCUGCCAGUUCCAGAAGUGGAGUCGGAUCGUUUGAUGUUCCCCUGGAAGCUGUACAAGCGACUCAAAACAUACAACCCCGCUGCAUUCAGCGCCUUUGCAGAUUUGGGAGAUACGAAGAUUGCGAGCAGCAGUCCAGAGUGUUUCCUCAACUGGGACCGUGAGUCAACAGUGGAGAUGAAGCCAAUGAAAGGCACAGUCCGAAAGUCCCCAGGCAUGACCAUGGAGAAGGCCUGUGAGAUCCUCGGCUCCACGAAAGAGAUGGCCGAGAACCUGAUGAUCGCGGAUUUGAUCCGGCACGAUCUGUACGGCAUCUGCGGAUCAGGUGGCGUCCAUGUUGAGAAAUUGCUCGAGGUCGCAGAUUACGGCCGAGUUUACUCAAUGAUCACUCAUAUCAAGGGCAAGAUCCGCCCCAACCACCCUGGAUUCGCUGUGCGACAUAUGUCUCAGCUGAAUACCCCCAACAUGUCCGUCCACGGCCUGACUACCCUCCAGCGGUGCCUCCCACCGGGUUCCAUGACUGGUGCGCCCAAGGAACGUUCUUGCAUGCAUCUUCGUACGAUCGAAAAUCGCAAGCGUAGCAUUUACUCCGGUGUAAUGGGUUUCCUGGACCUUGGCGGCGGUGGAAGCUUCUCGGUUUUGAUCCGCUCGGCAUUCACUUGUUACGGUGGUCGAGAUUACACCGAGAAUAAGCAGCAGACCUGGCGAAUUGGCGCCGGGGGUGCUAUUACCACACUCAGCACAGCGGAGGGCGAAUGGGAUGAGAUGUUGACCAAACUACGUGUAGUUUGCAACGUCUUCACGCCGCUUGAUGCAGACGAGAAAUAG